AUGAGCUCAUUCCUGCUGAUGAGUUCCUCCUCCCCUGAUUUCCCUGCGGGCCGAUCACGAAGUCCGCCGGCGGGCCCUUUUGGGCCCAGUAGCGACUCAAACACGGCAAUCAUUUCCCAGGUUCUCUUGUCACCUGCGACUCGAGUUGUCUCCUGCCUCGACUUGCGGCUUGAGUACAUCAAUAAGGUACUCGUAGGUGCUCCUGUCACCUGCGACUUGAGCCAGUCCUGCCUUUCCCUGACGAGGAGGAAUUCCCAGGGAAUUGUUGCCGUCGCUUUCGUCUUCAAUCAGCUGCUAUGGUUUUUUGGGAGCUUGCUAGCUCGUGAGAUGGCCUGUAGGGAGGCUGACGCCAGUACUCCUCGGGGCAACUCGCAGGAUAAAUUUAAUGUAGGUGCGGCCUUGAAAUUGGUGCCAGUGUUUGAAGAGUUGAAUGUCCCAGAAUUUUUCAAGGCAUUUGAACGUGUUGCCACCCGGUUGUCUUGGCCCCUAGAAAUGGUGGACUGUACUAAUUCAAUGGACACAGGGUCAGCUCGGUCUCUGGUUUUGAAAGAAUCUUUGAAAGAUUUAGUUGAUUAUACAGGGAAUUUUGUUGUUCUGGGAGGGUUCCCGAACACCAUUGUUUCAGCUCCGUUAGUGGAGGUCAGAUUGUCUUUCCCUGGUUAUGAUAAAGUGACAGAGUUGGCAGUUGUUGAGAGUCUCCCUAUUCCUGGAAUUGACGGCAUUUUGGGUAAUGAUAUGUUAAAUACCCAAGGACAGGAGUUGUUUCCCAUAUUGUCUGUGCAGACCUGUCCAGUUGCAGUGACAACCCGUGCAGCAGCAAAAGCUGUAAAUUUAAUCGAUAAUGACGAUGAUUUAAUCUUAAGUAGUUUAGAAGUAGACUUAGAGAGGCCCGGGUCUUUAGACAGUAGUAGUAGUAGUAGCAUAGCUAGCAAUGUUUUGAGACCCGAUUGGGAUAGGUCUUCAUUUAUUGAAGCUCAGAAAAAGGAAUUUAAUUUUGAUUUAGGUGACACCGCGGAUUUGACUAAACCCAGGUUUUGUGUAAUUAAUGGUUUAUUAUACCGGAUUAGUCGUCCCUCAACUGAUGAUCUGAGCAAGACUUCUCGUGUUGAACAAAUUGUUGUCCCAUCUCAAUUUCGCAGGUCUGUCUUGAGUCUUGCACAUGAUGAUUCUUUUUCUGGCCACUUCGGUGUAUGUAAAACUUUUCGAAAGUUGGCAAAAUGUUUUUGGUGGCCAGGAUUAAAAUCGUCUGUGAAACAAUUCAUUAACGAAUGUGAGGUUUGUCAGGUGAUGGGGAAACCCAACCAAAUUAUUCCUAAAGCUCCCUUAAAUCCAAUUCCUGCGAUAGGUGAGCCUUUUGUAGAAUUAGUUAUUGAUGUGGUUGGGCCUUUGCCUAAAACUAAGUCAGGAUUUACCCAUCUCUUGACAAUUAUGGAUAGAGCAUCUCGAUUCCCUGAGGCCUUCCCAAUGAGAAGGAUAACCUCUAAAGUUGUAUUUGACAAACUAAUUGAAUUCUUUUCCAGGUAUGGUCUCCCUCGUACAAUUCAAACCGACUGCGGUACAAAUUUUACUAGCAAGGUAUUUAAAGGUAAGUGUGCCGAACUGGCCAUUCGGCACAAAACCAGUGUACCCUAUCAUCCAGAGAGUCAGGGAGUGGUGGAAAGGUUCCACCAGACCCUUAAAUCUAUUUUGAAAAAAUUUUGUUAUGAACAAGGGGAGGAAUGGGAUAAAGGGCUUCCCUUUGCUCUCUUUGCUCUAAGAAAUCACCCAAAUUCUUCAACUGGUGUAGCUCCCUUCGAACUGGUGUUUGGACACAAAAUACGUGGGCCUUUAGAGAUUUUUCAUGAGAUGCUUGAGACUGGUCGAGGAGGGGAUGCGAACGUAGGAGAGUUUGUGGAGGACUUGAGAAAAAAGUUAUCUAGAGCCUGGAAAUUUGCCAGAGAAAAUUUGGCUAGUUCUCAGGCUGCUAUGAAAUUAAAUUUUGAUAGGAAAUCCAAAGCACGGUCGUUUGAGCCCGGAGAAUUAGUUUUAGUUUUGAGUACUGACUCUGACAAUUUCCUUGAACCAAGAUAUAAGGGACCCUGGAAGGUGUUGAAGUUGUCAGAGGUGAAUUAUGAAAUAGAGGCUCCUGGAACCAAACAGAAGUGCAGGAUAUUCCAUAUAAAUAGGUUAAAACUCUAUACUUCAAAUAGACAUGAUCCUCUUGCUAUUGUUUAUGAGCCUGUGGCUGAGGUUAUGGAUUUACCUUCAGAGGAUUUGGAGGAUUUAAUUUGUCAGGUGUCUUCUGAUGCUCUUUUUGAUAAUAUUCAAAAUUUAGAAGUUUUGAAGGAAGGGCUGGAGCAUCUAGAGUUUGCUCAAAGGAGGGAUGUAAUUAAUUUAAUUUCUUCUUUUCCAGAUUUAUUUCAGAAUUCUCCAGGUCUAACUAAUUUUCUUGAGCAUGAUGUAGAUGUUGGAAAUGCUUCUCCUGUAAAACAGAGUCCUUAUCGGCUGAAUCCCGUUAAGAGGGAUAUAGUUGAUAAGGAGAUUAAAUAUAUGCUGGAACACGAUCUCAUCCAACCUUCCGUUAGUCCAUGGAGCUCCCCGAUAGUCCUUGUUAAGAAGUCCGACGGAAAGUUCCGUAUGUGUGUAGACUACCGUAAGGUUAACGCACACACUAAGAAUGACUCUUUUCCUUUGCCUCGGAUAGAUGACUGUCUCGAUCAGAUAGGGGCUGCUAAGUUUAUUACGAAAUUGGAUUUAUUGAAAGGGUAUUGGCAGGUUCCCCUGUCUGAUCGAGCACGAGAGAUUUCUGCAUUUGUCACUCCCUUCGGGCUUUACGAGUGUAAGGUAAUGCCCUUUGGGAUGAAAAACGCUGCAUGUACUUUCCAACGUCUUAUGAACCGGGUUAUCUGUGGUUUGGAAGGUACAGAAAUCUAUAUAGAUGACCUGGUAGUCUAUAGCAACGACUGGCGGACACACAUGUUACGAUUAAGUAAAGUGUUUGAAGCGUUAAGGGCUGCCGGUCUUGUUGUGAAUCUGGCCAAGUGUGAGUUUGGCAAAGCAAAAGUGUGCUAUUUGGGGCACGAGGUGGGUUUGGGUCAGGUGGCACCUAAACAAGCCAACCUCGAGGCUAUUGUAAAUUUAAAGAGGCCGUGCAAUGUCAGAGAAGUUCGGCGUGUGCUGGGUAUGUCUGGUUAUUAUCGCAGAUUCGUGCGAAACUUCUCAGACAUUGCUCAGCCACUUACCAAGUUGUUAGAGAAAGGGCAGAAGUUUGUGUGGUCUCCUCAGUGUGAGGAAGCAUUUAUUAAACUUAAGAUGGUAUUAGUAUCUAAUCCAAUAUUGACUUCUCCUAAUUUCCAGAGACCUUUUAUUAUUGCUGUGGAUGCCAGUGACAUAGGCAUUGGGGGUGUCCUCUUUCAAAGGAACGAGGUAGGAGAGGUUCAUCCUGUAUCAUAUUACAGUCGAAAAUUACUGGCUGCUGAGAGAAAAUAUUCCACCAUUGAAAAGGAGGCCCUCGCCUUGGUCCGUACUCUUGUGCAUUUUAAGCCCAUCUCUGUGCUUUGUCUUCCACAAAUCUCUACUCACCUCCACUUGGGUAUUCCAACUCACCUGGUGCCCACAGGAGCCCAGCUCACACCCCGCAUACUCACCAGGCCUCCUUCUUCUUCUUCCUCCUCCUCUGUCCGGUCUAAGAAUUCAGAUUCCGCUCCGUGUGUUGUAAGAGAAAAGGAUUUCUCUGGAUUUGUUUUGCCAGUGCAACGUGUCGUCUCAAAAGCUAUGGUCCAUCUCCGUGCUUUGUCUUCCACAAAUCUCUACUCACCUCCACUUGGGUAUUCCAACUCUCCUGGUGCCCACAGGAGCCCAGCUCACACCCGCAUACUCACCAGGGUGGGCAUAAGUAAGUCGGUUGCAUCUGGAGCGAAGGAAAUCGGCUUGCCGUCAUCUCUUGCCUGCCUAGGCCACGCCCCCUUUACACCUGGGCGGUUGUAUGAUGAUGGCAGGGUUGUGUCCCAGGGCCCCCUCUCUUCAAUACCUCCUGAAAAAUCCUACAGUCCUCCUGAAACCAAGGUAUCCACAGAGAAAGGCAGCGUCAUACCCACUCAGUAUCCCAGAAGCCUCUUUGUGCACGUUGCUGAACAUCUGUACAAGAAGUCUCCUGAUGUUUGGUGCGGGCGUGAUUCUUUAUAG